GGAAGCUGACGCAUGGUUUUUGCUGUGAGAAGGAUCUCGCUGCUUCCCGCCUGGGACCCGGAGCCUGUUCCUUUUCGCAUUCUCUCAGGGGCCAUCAGUACGCGGGAGUGCAGUCUCGGAGCAGACAGCUGUCAGGAUAUUCAAUUAUACAGCAUUGUGAACUCUAUGGCUUCUACCUGGGAAAAGAUUAGAGACUUUUAUGACUGGGCAGUGGAAAAUGGAGACAAGAGGACUGACCCCUGGUUCCUGGUUUACUCACCCAUUCCCAUUAUUGUGACCUUCAUAGUCUACCUUCUAAUCUGCACAUAUGGACCAAAGUACAUGAGAAGUCGAGAACCAUUCAAUCUGAAAUAUGUACUACUUGUUUACAAUUUCUCCUUAGUUGCUAUCUCAGCGUACAUUUUUUGGGAGUUCCUGGUGACUUCAAUUCGUGCAAACUACAGCUAUCUUUGUGAGCCUGUGGAUUACAGCAACAGUGAGCUUGGAUUGAGGAUGGCAAAUGUCUGCUGGUGGUUUUUCUUCUCUAAAGUCAUUGAACUGAUGGAUACGAUAUUUUUCAUUCUGAGGAAAAAGUACAAUCAGAUCACAUUUCUUCAUGUUUAUCACCAUGGUACAAUGAUUUUCAACUGGUGGGCUGGAGUGAAGUAUGUACCAGGGGGCCAGUCCUUCUUCAUCGGCUUGUUGAAUUCCUUUGUUCAUAUUGUGAUGUACCUAUACUAUGGAAUUGCUGCAAUGGGACCACACAUGCAGAAGUAUUUGUGGUGGAAGCGUUAUCUCACCAUGCUUCAGCUGGUAGGUUUGCUGUAUGUUUGUACUGUGAGAUUUUCUGUGGGGUUUUCAUUAUACAAGUGA